CUGUGACACUGGACUGCAUCAAUAUUUCAGUAUUGUCACGGUAGGAGAGGAAAUACAGUUGUCUUGUGAUAAUACAGAGAGUAUAGGUUUAUUGAACUUGGUCUUCUUGGACCAGUAUUGCAGCAAGGUUUAUUGAACUUCAGUAUUGGAGCAAGAUUCACAAGACCUUUUCUGCAUAUCGCUGAUCGAGGAGAAUGAGGUGUGUGGAACAGUGGUAGAAUGGGUCACGUCAUUAUCACUAGUCUUCUCCUUCUCAUUGUAUCUUGUGCUGAUGGGCAACAACAACGGCCGUGGACAUCACGUGACUGCCAGGAGAUGUCGAGAGCCUGCCAACCUUUAUCUCAAGGGGCCAAAGGAUUGCCCGGGGAAGACGGCCGGCCCGGUAGAAGAGGACCUCCGGGAAACCCCGGUCGACGAGGACCACCCGGACCUCGGGGACGUACACUACCACGUCCCCAACCACCGGGUCCAUCACCCGAGAGAGGGGAAAUCGGGGAGCCUGGAUUUCCAGGACCUCCAGGGGAACCAGGAGAAAUCGGCGCCAAGGGUGUAAAAGGAAGAUCGGCGACUAACGGGGGUUUUGCUAGAGGUAAAGGACAAAAGGGGGAAAGAGGUCGGAAAGGCCCUCCAGGACAACGAGGGUCGACAGGAGAUUCGGCAUCCGUUUGGACCAAGUGUACAUGGAGAAUAGAUAGCAAACAAGAUGAUGGGUUAAUAAAGGAAUGCGUUUUCUCUAAGAGAGAUCAGCAAAACAGCCUCCAUGUUGUAUACGAAGGGACUCUGGAAGUUGGUCUAUGUACGCGCUGUUGUAAGCGUUGGUACUUUACCUUCAACGAGAGAGAAUGCUCUAGUCCCGCUGUCAUAGACGCGUUCAUGUCAGGUGGAAUAAGCAAGGAUUAUCCUCAUCACUCUUACGGCAGGAUAGAAGGACUUUGCGAAAAUCCUUUACCAUCAGGACAAGUGCGCAUUGCUCUACGAAUUGAAAACUGCCCGGGUAUAUCGGGAGCACCCGGGUCUGUCGAUAUUAAUCUUUUUAAUCCUAAUGGAAAAAUAUUGAUACAGGAAGUAACACCAUCUCAAAUGCUUGAAUCAUGCGAGCUCCUACAAGGUAUUGAAGGCUUGAARGGAUCCCAAGGAAUACCCGGGACAUUAGGCCCUGCAGGUACCCCAGGUCUACCGGGUCCUCCUGGACCUCCCGGAGACCCGGGCACUGUGUACGGCGGUGGAACAAGAUACAUUAAAGGAUCGAAAGGAGAUCCCGGUUCCCUCGGUGCUAAGGGAUCCAAAGGUGACAGAGGUCCUCGAGGGUAUCCCGGAGAUGAUGGAGAUUUAGGAAGCCCACUUGGUGGAACAGGACCACCGGGUCAACUUGGUGAAACGGGAUCUUCUGGAACAUCGGGGCAGAAAGGAGAUUCGGGUGUGAAUAACGUAAACUGGAAGCARUGUACUUUCAAGCUGAAUGUCAACAAGAAGGAAGGAGUUGUUCACUCAUGCAUCUUCCACAAGCUUCGCAGCAACACAGCCCUGCAUCUCACAUACCAGGGAGAUAUCCAUGUUGGUCUGUGUGGAACCUGCUGCAAGAAAUGGGAGUUUCAGAUCAAUGGUCAACCCUGCUCCUCACCCGGUCCUAUCGAUGCGGUCUACGAUAAUUUAAUGCUGGUUAAUAACGGCAGACCUAAUGUUCUUCCUGUGUUCUCGCAUGGUAACAUUUCAGGGUACUGUAGUGCCAUACCAAGUGGUUAUGUACGCGUUGAUCUUAUCCUCAGCAACUGUUCAAAACUCUCUUCCGAUUCUAUCACAGUUAGCUUAAAGAUCGUAAAUACAGGUAGACUUAUCAUCCAGGAGGUCCAAGAGUCACAAUCAUAGGACUGAGAAUGAAAUUUGGGUUCGACCACGCAAGACCUUCAUAGUGUCACUUGUUAGUCACGCUUUUAUGCAAUGUAUAUAUUUCUAGCGAUAUUCCAAGGAGGUGGUAGGUGCAACCAGUACAUUCCUGAUAUCUUUCCAAGCCCCCUUCCAGACUGCAACCUACGAAGUUUACCUUUGGUAUUACAUAGCUCAGUCAUUACAACUUAUUUUAUAUUAAUGCCUGCGCAAACAGUAUGUAAGGGUAUUUUCAGGAUUCGCACACUAAACUCAACGAAUUAUCCCUCUCACCCUUCCUCGAAAUCUCAUGCAUGAAGCAAUUAAACUCAGAAAUUAAAGAGAUGGUGAUGGGCAGGCUUGGCACCCUUGGAAGAUUUGAAUACCUCUUGCAUGGGUUAUUAGUGCAUUGCUACAAGCAGUACAUCAUAAUCGACACAAAUAAAAGAAUAAUAAAAAUAUGACAUUCACUAA